GAGGCCCAAAGCACUUUGCCUCUGGUCGGCGUACCAUGUCGGCCGUAGCUUCUCGCCUUCGUUGUCGACUUGGCGAUCGAUUUCAUGGAUCUUCCCUCUCGCGACUUCGGCCACUUAGGCGAUACGCCCCAGCAGCGGCACCGCUCGCAGCGCAGCAGAAUCUGCAGCAGCGGCGCCGCGAGUCAUGGGGGAUGGGGGUGCCCUUGCAACCCUUGCAACCCUUCCAGGCCCAGAGAAGAUGGAGUUCAUCCUCCCCAAUGCCAGGUGGUUGCCUAGAGACGUACCUCCAAAUGAAAGCCAAUGGAGAGAUCCAGGUGGAUCCCAGGCAGGAAGUUUGCAUGAAGAUGCUGGAUGACCUGGCGAAACAGAUUGAUGGCUACUCCCCAAAGAUGACGAGAGCUUCCAAGCCGGCGGCUUCUGUCCCAAGUGGCGGUGGUGGAUUCUUCGGCCUAUUUGGAGGCAGCAAGGCUCCACCACCCAAGGCUGCUAAGGCAGCAGACGCGCCGUUGCAGCCUGUGGCUGGACAAAAAGGACUCUACUUGUGGGGUGGCACUGGAACUGGCAAAACCUUCAUGAUGAAUAUGUUCUAUGACAAGAUCAAGGUUCGUAGCAAGAAGCGAAUCCAUUUUCAUGAAUGGAUGAUUGAUGUUCACUCGCGUUUGCACAAGAAACAGAAAGGCAGCAGCAGCAAGACUGACAGCAGUGCUGAUGACAUGGUGGAGCAAGUUGCAGCAGACAUGAUGAAGGAAGCAUGGCUCUUGUGCUUCGACGAGUUCCAAGUCACACACAUCAGCGAUGCCAUCAUCAUGAAACGCAUCUUUUCCGUGCUCUUUGAGCUGGGCGCUGUAGUGGUGGCCACCUCAAAUCGUCCCCCACAAGACUUGUACUUGAAUGGACUGAAUCGGCCAUUGUUUUUGCCAUUUAUUCCAAUGCUGGAAGCUUUCACCAAUGUGCAUGACAUCGGUGCCGAAGUGGACUAUCGAAUGUGUUCGACCAGAGAUGAUGACGAUGAUCGGGUCUACCUCACUCCGAAUGGUGAAAACGAGAAGAAGGCCUUGGAGGCGAAGUUUCAAAGGGUCUCCCAUGGCCUUGUCCGCGAGGGCGUUCAGGUUGAAUCGCAAGGUCGACGAAUAGUUGUUCCACGAUGCGCAAAGCACAGUGACGUUGCUUUCUUCUCCUUUGUGGAUCUUUGCGACAAGCCCUUGGGAGCAGCGGACUACCUGGCUGUCGGCCAUGCAUUCCAUACUGUCUUUGUGGCAGACAUUCCGCGACUGACGAUGCAGGAGCGCGAUCAAGUUCGUCGUUUCAUCACCCUCAUUGACACUCUGUACGAGACCCAUACCAAAUUGGUUUGCACCGCAGCGCUCGAUCCAAUUCCAUUGUUCUACGUUUCUGAUGAGGAACGAAAAACAUCUGUUGCUGAUGAGAUUUUCGCAUGGGACCGUACUGUGAGUCGACUUAUGGAGAUGCAAUCGACAACAUAUUUGACAACUACAGUACGGUCUUUGAGUGGCACGCAAUUUCUUGGACAGUAUAAGCUCAAGAGCCUAUCUGACCAGGACUUCAAAGAUAUGUGGCGUCGCUACGACCAAGAUGACAAUGGCUAUUUAGACAUGGAUGAGUUGCACAUCCUACUGGAAGAUUUGCUGGAACGUCAAUGCGGACACAGAAAUUUGUCAGAUGAACUUUUUGACAUCUGUGUGAACAUCAUUGACAAGAACAAGGAUGGCCAAGUGAGCUUUGAUGAAUUUCAGGAAUAUUUGUCCGACUUCUCGACAAUCGAAUCAACUAUGGGCAACUCCUGAAUAUCGGGGUUUUCCGACCAUGUCAAUCCGACGCGCGAUGUGGAUGAU